AUGGACACAUCACCGCACAUGGCAGCACCUUCAUCCCGCAAGUCUGCAGCAGCACUAGCACGCGCAGGGUCAGCAGCCGCAACCAUGGCAGCAGCAGGGCCCCCCUCGCCCCACGAUCCCAGUGCAGCCUAUUCCAGAAUGGGGACCUACCCAGCUACACACGCCCAGGAUGCAUACGCGUAUGGGAACGGGCCAGGAGACAUGGGUCCCCCUGGGGAUUACUAUGGGGGGGGAGGAGGUCAGAUGGAUAUGAUGGGAGGAGGUGGGAUGGACAUGAUGGGGGGAGGCAUGGGGGGAGGGGUUGGUGGAGGUGGUGUGGGGGGACCAGGAGGGGGUAUGGCUCGAAACGGAAGAUACCCGAUGGAUUCGGGGGGUUACUCGGUGCACUGA